CUCCAGUAGGGCCCAAGCCAGCCAGGAAGGAGGAGGCAGCCAGAGAGGCCUCCACUGUUCUCUGCAGCAGAAGACCCACUGCUGCCAGGAAACAGGAAUGGGGUCUGCAUCCUAAACAGAGCCAUAGCACAAGACAUAGAAUUGGAACUCAGCACUGUGGUCAUUUUUCAAAAAUAUGCCAAGAUGUUUAAAAAGGACGGAACAGUGGGCAACAUCUUGACUUGCAUCCCGACUGAUGCUGCACCAUGCAAGACCGAGAGCAGGAGUGACUGAGGAACUUUCAGCAUCCACUCACCUACAUGAUCUUCUUGCAUGGAGUGUUCUGGAUCUUGCCUACAUGCCCCGCUGGCAAGCACAACAUGAAGCAAAUCAAACCAUGAUAAAUGAAUUCAUUCUCCUGGGUUUUAGGGCUGGUCAGGAUGGGCAUAUUCCUCUUUUUUUGCUGUUGUUGGUUAUUUACAUUGUGACCAUAAGUGGGAACCUCCUGCUCAUUCUUCUCGUUGUGUCUGAUCAGCACCUUCAUACACCCAUGUACUACUUCCUGGGGAAUCUGUCCUGCUUGGAGACCUUCUACAGCUCAGCCAUCCUGCCCAGAAUGCUCUAUAGUCUCUUGACAGGAGACAGAUCUAUUUCAUUCCUAGGCUGCAUUGCACAGUUUUAUAUCUUUGGCAUACUGGUUACUACUGAGUGUUUUCUCCUUGCUGCAAUGUCCUUUGAUCGCUAUUUAGCCAUAUGCAAGCCAUUGCAUUAUGUUUCCCACAUGAAUGACAAAUUAUGUGUCCAAUUGACUCUAGGCUCCUGGGUGGGUGGGUGUUUAGCUAUCACCAUAACAACGUCUUUAAUGUCACAGCUAGUUUUUUGUGGCACAAAGGAGAUUGAUCACUUCUUUUGCGAUUUUGCUCCAGUGAUAAAUCUGUCCUGCAGCAACACCCAAAUAAUAGAAGUCUUGAGUUUUGUACUGUCAUCUGUGUGUGCCUUUCCACCUUUCAUGCUGACCUUGGCAUCCUAUGUUUGCAUUAUCACCUCCAUCCUGAAAAUCCCAUCCACCUCUAGAAAGCAGAAAGCUUUCUCUACCUGCUCCUCUCAUCUUAUUGUGGUGACAGUUUUUUAUGGGACUCUGAUUAUUGUCUACGUCUUACCAAAGACAAGUACUCUGAGGGAGCUAAACAAAGUUUUUUCCCUCCUGUACACAAUACUGACUCCCCUCAUCAACCCAAUCAUAUACAGCCUAAGAAACCAAGAUGUUAAGGAGGCACUACAAAAAAGUGCCAGAAAACUUGCAGCUCCUGCAGGGAUUUAG